AUGAGCUACUUGGCCUUCAGUUUUCAGCAACACUGCUUGUGCCCAACUAUCCAGUUCGCUGUGUGUAUUCAGGCAUUCAAGGAUGUAAGUGAUCGAGUGGUAAUUGUUGGAAUUGUCAUGCUAAUAAGUAGUAGGAAACUUGGUAUCGCGCUGAAGGCUCUUGGCCCUUUGAUUGACCAAAUAUGCACUAUUUAUGGCAUCGCAGGCUUGUCACUUGGAGUGCUCCAGGAUGGAGAAGUCAUCCACUAUGCAAACUUUGGUCACCGUGAUGUUGAGGCCAAAAUUCCGCCCGACGAGGACACAAUAUAUGCGAUAGCUUCCCUCUCAAAAUCGUUUACCUCUGCAGCAACGGGAAUACUUGUCGACCGCGGAGACCUGCACUGGCAUACUCAGAUACAGCACAUUCUUCCAGAUUAUCAGUGCUAUGAGAGAGGCGCAGUCUGCAAUGCUUCAGUUUCUGAUCUGCUAAGCCAUCGCACCGGAGUUCUGGGAGGCGACGCCUACUGGCUACUGUCAGACGGGGAUUCGGCUUUCGCGAGAGAUCAAUUUGCGCGCGUAUUUAAUUCCCUUCCCAUAACGGAGCCAAUGCGCACGGCCUUCGUUCACAACAAUUACGGAUACGAGCUUAUUGGCCAAGUAAUUGAAAGGGUUGCCGGAACAACGUUUGGAAACUUUGUAAAAGUCAACAUCUUGCAGUCGCUCGGGAUGAGCAGGACUUUUGAUUCAGUGAUCCCCCAGGAUACGGCGAAUGUCGCGCAACCAUACAUGAGUUUGCUUAAUCACACUGCUCAUAAAGUCAAAAUGCCCUUACAACGUCAAGAUGGGUUGUAUUCUGCGGCUGGUGGACUUCGUGCUUCCGUAUCAGACCUGCUAAAAUUCUACAACGCCCUGAUGGAUGCUGGAUUGUCGGAGUGGAACGAAGAUACCAAGCGUAUUCCCGAGAACCCCCUGAAAGAACUGCGAGCUAUAUGGUCUGGAAUGGUCAGCAUGCCGUUUUCUGGCCCUAGGGAACAUAGCGCUGCGCUCGGAUGGUAUCGUGCACAGCUGCCAUCCAACUUUGGCUUCGACGACCCAGAAGCUUCGAACCCCCUUGUAGGAAAUCGGUCUUCGUGUAAACUGGCUCUUUACAACCAAGGGGUUAUUCAGGGAUUCACAUCCUUCUCUGCACUGAUCCCGCAAACCCGCAGUGCUGUGGUGGUCCUCACCAAUUCAGCAGGGCUCGGUCUGCCUAGCAAGUUAGUUGCUAGCGCUCUUUUAAAUUUGCUCCUUGGAGAAGAUGUUGACCAAGAGGCGUACAAACUUGUUGCAGAGAAAAAUUACCGAGAGAUAACAUCGCAUGUCUUGGAUACCAUGAAGGAGCUGAAACGCCAACGAAAGGUUGAUACGCCAACCCGACCGCUGAAAGAGUACAUCGGCAAGUACUAUAAUACUCUCAACAAUUACUUCAUCGAGAUCAAGGAAACAAAGAAUGACUGCCUCUCUCUAUCAUUCAUGGGUAAAUCCAGGGAUACAUUCCAACUUUUGCCUUACGAUAGCGACAAAUUCUUCUGGUAUAUGACUUUUGACGAAUCUGUUUUGCGUGGAAGACCUACGGGUUACCCGAUGGACUAUUUUAUCAUCAAGUUUGCAUUUGAUGACAACGGAGUGGCACUUGAAAAUCCAGUUUUAUACUGGAAAUACGACCCGGAGUAUCCUGGCGAUGGAGAGCCAUUUACACUCUGCAGGACAUGCACGGGAGUUGCAACCCUAGGAAGUGAUAGGGGCAGCGAGAAACCAGCUCUCCCUGACUUUAGCAUGCGUUUCCAACUGAACAAAGGGAUCAGAAAUCCUAACAUCUAA